AUGCCAUACCCUUCGGUCUACCAUGGGCACGCGGAAGCUAUACCUGCGAAGCUGCGACGGAGAGGCUUUGCGCGCUACCUGUGGAGCUUCACUGGCACAGGACGCGGGAUUGCUGGCGAGCUGCGGGGCAGGAUUAAGCAGCAGUGUAGUCUUUGCACGAGAUGUGGGCGCGUGAGCGACAUAGCAGAAGUCGGAGGAGAGGUGAAGCAGAGAGGAGACGACAGCUACCGUUACAUUGCCGAGCUCAAGCUCCAGUCGACUUUCUGCUUGGAACCUCCCGGCGACACGCUCACGCGCAAGAGCCUCUUAGACUCGAUGGCGCUUGGCUGCAUCCCCGUGGUGUUCGAACACCAGGAGUUGGACAUGUUCGAGCCUUUCCUUUCCGCUGAGCAGUUUGCCGCCACGACGCUCUUUGUCCCCGAGGCAGAGGUCCUGGGUGGCAACGUCACCCCGUCGAUCUGGGCCAUCGGCACAUAUGGAGGCAAGACGAAGCGCAGCAUCAACAAGAAGAUGCGGCGGCUGCAGAAGCUGUACCCCGAGUAUUCGGCGCUGCUGGAAGCGCUCCACCCGCAGUUUUCCCAGCAGGAGCGCUGGGACCAAGUGAAGAGGCUCUUCCCAUCGCCGACGCCGAUCUUCGACAUCCUCACGCGCCUCUCGGAAGAGGAGGUCCGGAACAAGCAGGAGGCGCUGGCCCAGUUGGCGCAUCGGCUGGUGAUUGGUUUGGACGAUUCGAGCGAGGAUUCUGUACGCAUCCUGCUCGACAAGAUUGUGUCCAACGAUGCAGCUGCAAAUGAGCUGGCGGCCAACAGCCCGAUCUGA